CUCGUCUAUUCAAAUUUAUAAUUUAAUCUCUAGAGAGAGGGAGAGGGAGAGGGAGAGGGAGAGGGACGAAGAAGAUGAUACUAAGAACUCCACCGGCAAAGCGAGCAAGAGGAGGAGCCGCCGACGCAAAUGCAAGACCUAUCAUCGAGAGCCCCCAAUCGGAGCACCACCGCGAUAAUCAUCUAGUUAUCUACGAAGACAACAACACUCCGCCGCUCCAACACGAACAAUUCCUCUGCACCUACCAGUGCCGCCAAUUGGUUAAAUCGGAUUUUAUAGACGCGUUGAGUAGCGCCGAGAAGCAAGUUCAGGAUUACCAGUCUAAAUUACAAGAAAUCAAUGAAAAUUUCACCAUAUCUGAAGGUGAGAGGAAGAAGUUUCGAGAUAAAUUGUUGCAGACAGAGCAACAACUUGCUGCUGCCAAAGGACGCGAACAUGCUCUUCAGCAACAACUUCUUAAGGAAGUUAAUGUUAACCAAGAAAGGUUCAAGAAACAGUUAGAAUCACAUGCUAACCUUGAGGUUAAGCUUGAAAAUGAAAAGAACCUGCGCCAGAAAGCUGAAUCCUCAGCAGCUUCUGCUGAAGAGAAAGCAAGUGUUUUAGAGGGAAAACUUGGCCAUCUUUCUGAAAGCAUAGAAAGGGAGAAAAAGCGUCUCAAUACUGAGCUUGCGCAGCUGAAUAGAGAAUCAAAGCAUUCUGUUUCUAGAAUAAGGGCAGAUCUAGAAAAAAUGGAAUGCAGGGCCAAGCAUGCUGAGAAAGAAUCAGAGCUGUGGAAGGAGCAGCUAGAAGAUCUGAAAAGGCAACUUACGGAGUGCUCGCAUCAAAGAAGUGAGUUGGAGAAGAAAUUAUCAAGUUUCACUUUUCAAGAAGGUUCUUCUACUGAUAGCAACAUUUUGGUUAAACAUCUACAAGAAGAGCUUAGAAAUUUUGAGACUGAAGUGAGGGAAGCAAGAAAGAUAAGAUCUUCCCAUGAAAGCAUUGAGUUAUUGAAGGAGAAAUUGCUGGAAGAAAAGGGCCGCAGAGAAAGAGCAGAGUCAGAGUCAUCUAAGUUACUAGAAUUUGAGUUAAAUAUGAAGAAGCUGGAGGAUGAAAUGUCUUCUUGGAAGUUAGCAAUAGAGGAUAUUCCUGGUGUGUCAUCUUAUGAUGAUAUACCUGUUAAAUUUGCAGCAUUACAGAAAGAGGUGAUUGAUAACAUGAUGAAGGCAGGUGAGGCAAAUGCACAUUUCAAACAAAUGGAGGUGGCCUUGGAAACUGCUCAACUUGGUAAACAAAAUGCUGAAGCUGAGGCUGCAUUGGCCAAAGAGAAGGCAGAAGCAUUGAAAUUGGAGGUCAAACAGAUUGAAUUGAUGCUCUCUAUGGUUACUGAAGAAAGAGAUAGGUUGAAAAAUGUUGUCAAUGAAUUAAAGAGGCCAAAGAAUGAUCAAGGAGGGGAUGAAGCAGCCAGUGGAGUUCUUCUUCAGGAACUUGAAUCAUCUCUUGCACAGAAGGAAUUUUGUAUUAAAGAAUUGGAGAGUAAUCUACAUGCACAGAAAGAAGUCAAUAGUCGCCAAUUGGAAGAAAUAAAGACACUUAAUGAUAUGCUAAAUAAUGAAGCUAGAAGAAUUAAGUCAUUGGAAAGGGAGAGUGACCGGCUUCGUGCAGAGAUCUCCCUAUUGGAGUCUAAGCUAGGUCAUGGUGACUUCUCUGCUGCAAAUACAAAAGUGCUGAGAAUGGUUAAUACACUUGCAGUUGAUAAUGAGGCCAAACAAACUAUUGAGGCUUUACGAACUGAGUUGCAGAAGACCAAGGAGAAGUUGCAAGCUGUAGAAGAAUUGAAGAGUCAGUCAGGUGAUGCGGGCAAGCUGGUGGACUCCUAUAUCUCUGGGAAGAUAACACAAUUAAAAGAACAAAUUGCAACUCUUGAAAAACGUGAAGAAAGAUACAAGACUGUUUUUGCUGAUAGAAUCUCUGUGUUUCGAAGGGCAUGCUGUGAACUUUUUGGCUACAAGAUUGUAAUGGAUGAACACCAGCGUUCUAAUGGAAUUCCAGUUACUCGGUUUACCCUGCAAUCAGUCUACGCCCAAAGUGAUGAUGAGAAACUUGAGUUUGAAUAUGAAUCAGGGAAUACAAACAUUUUGGCUAACGAUUACACAUCACAGCCCGACAUAUCCCGUCAGGUGGAUAUAUUUAUUCGCAAGAUGAACUCAAUUCCAGCUUUCACGGCCAACCUGACAGUGGAGUCUUUCAACAGACGAACUCUAUCGUAAGACCGAUAAGAAUAUCCAUUAGCUCAAGAUUUUCCUUAUUUCUCAUGCAAGCAAUUGCAGAAACUGUAUAUUUUCUACCCGUGAUUUUAUAUUCUAGGCACUUGCGUGCUGUCAACUUGGAAUGAAUUCAGUUCUAUAGCGAUGAAGAAUGGAUUUGUUUGAAAUAUAUUACUGAAAUUCUGUAUUCUGACCUGAUUGUGAUAUUGAUUUAAGAGGCGGGAAGAGGGGUUUGCAUUUGUGUA